GAGGUACCGAAGACCGAAGUUCUAAGAACCUUGCGCCAGCCUCAACGUCAGCCAACUUCACUGUCCGUGUGGAGUCGAUAGGUGAUGGAUUGAGCUUAACUGAAUUUACGGGGCUGGUUAUGCCCAUGGAACGUUGAGAUUGACUGGUAUCGACGCCCCAGCUGAGAUGUACCCCUUACGGUCCACCGCAGCGCGAUGUUACUGUACUCUAACUUCGUACAUAAAGAGACGCACCCAGCCGAAAUGUUUUUUUCCACCCUCAUCAGCUUCUAGGCAGCUCAACCGUAUAAACAGUUGCUCAAGUCACUCGUUUCGCUUGUGCAGCAUCGGCUCGCCCUGAUUCUCGGUCGCUUCUCGUCGUUCGCUAACAUAUUUCUAAUUUAAUAAUUAUUUCCUUGGAUCGUACCGGUCGUCGAAAAUGCGUGGAAUAUUCUUAAGCCUGGGGGCUCUCACUCUGGCUGGCGCUGCCAGUGCAGAGGAGAAGCGUAACUACCCCGUAUCCGAAGGGUCUUACCCGACCUACCCCGAAUACCCAUCGUAUCCUUCUCAGCCGGAGCAAUCAACCUCAAGCGCUCCGCCGAGCCCUCCUCCGGCGUACCCCACGCAGGCUCAGAGCUCGUCUACGCUCGUCCACAGCUCCAGCACUCUCCCCGUCUCUUCCAAGACUCAGAGUGUUCCGUCUUACCCUACGUACCCGGUUGGCGGCCAUAGCUCCGAGUCUACCAGCUCUACUUUGGCGGUAAGCUCUAGCACAGUCUCCAUCCCAUCGUACCCGACGUAUCCUGCGGGCGGCGAAUCUAGCAGCACCAUCAUCAUCAGCACUUCCACCAGUGCUGCUGUCAGCUCCAGCACCGCCAGCGUACCUGGUUACCCGACCUACCCUGCCGGUGGCUUCAGCUCAGCUUCAACCACUGUUGCUACUUCCAGCGCAACCCACCCCCACCCCCAGCCGUCGUACCCGGCGAGCUCUAAGUCUAGCAGCAUCUUCUCAACCUCUUCCACUGCUGCCUUCAGCUCUAGCUCAACCGUUCCUGGUUACCCGUCUUUCCCUCAGAGCUCUAGCUCUCAGUCUAAGCCGGUUCCCAGCUCCAGCUCGGCCACAUUCUCCAUUCCGUCGUACCCCACCUACCCGGCCGGAUCUUCCAGCUUCGGAUCCAGCAGCACUCUUGCUACUCCGUCUUCUUCCAAGCCGGUUGUCCCUAGCAGCUCCGUACCGGGCUACCCAGUUGGAACCCCUUCGGUUUCUUCUGCUACUUCUGUCUCGUCCGCCACCAAGAGCAGCUCCGUCCCCGUUGUAGGAUACCCUACCGGACCGGUCGGCUCUUUCUCGUCCGCCUCCACCACGGCGUACACGACCUCGACGAUCUACACGACCUCCGAGAUUACCGUCACCUCUUGCCACCCCACGGUGACCAACUGCCCUGGUACCCCUCACGUUACCACUGUGACGGUUCCUCUUACUACGACUGUUUGCCCUGUGACCGAGACCAAGACGACGCCCGUUCCUACCAAGCCCUCUCACACCAAGUCUAUCCCUGGUGUGCCCAGCUACUCAGCUUCGAUCCCUUCUGGUCCUAGUUCUGUGUCUGUUCCUACUGCCUCUACGUCUGUGCCCAUUGGCUCUAGCUCCACUUUUGCCACUGGCACCACCUCUCUACCUAUUGGAUCUAGCUCUACCAUCGCUACCGGCUCUACCAGCGUCCCUGGCUACCCCACUGGCCCCGUUCCUCAGGCCUCGAGCUCGACUUCUGUCACCGUCCCCGUCAGCUCCAGCACUGCCAGCGUGCCCGGAUACCCCACCGUUCCUAUCCCGGGUGUUAGCUCCAGCACUGUCGUCUCUAGCUCUGGUACUCUCCCCGUGAGCUCCAGCACCGUCAGUGUUCCUGGAUACCCUACCGGACCCGCUCCUCAGGUUUCCAGCUCCACUACUGCUAAGCUCACCACCUCUACCAUCUACACAACGACUGUCCGCACUGUUACCUCGUGCGCUCCUGAGGUCACCAACUGCCCCGGCACCCCUGGCAAGCCCCAUGUCACCACUGAGACUAUUCCCCUUACCACCACUGUCUGCCCUGUGACUGAGACUAAGACCAUCCCCGUUGUCCCUACUGGAUACCCCGUGCCCAGCUCCAGCGUUGUCAUCUCUACUACCAGCCAGCAGAAGCCCACCACCAGUGUCCCUGGUGUUCCCACUGGCCCUACUGGAUACCCGGUCUCUAGCUCCACUACCAUCACCAAGUACCUAACCUCCACUGCUACCAAGCCCCAGUACACGACCUCCACUCUGUACUCUACCACUGUCCGCACUAUUACCUCUUGCGGCCCUGAGGUUACUAACUGCCCCGGCACUCCUGGCAAGCCCCAUGUGACCACCGAUGUUGUCACCGUUGGCACCACUAUCUGCCCCGUGACUGAGACCACCCCCGUCGUUUCGACUGGUGUUUCCUCUGCUACCACCGUCCCGACCUACCCUGCGUCCUCCCCUAUCGUCCCCGCGACUACCCCGGCCGCAACUACGUCUGUCCCUGUUGGCAAGUACACCACGUCGACUCUCUACUCGACCACCGUGCGCACUAUUACCUCUUGCGCUCCUUCAGUCACUAACUGCCCUGGUACCCCCGGCUACCCCCACGUUACCACUGAGACUAUCUCUGUCGGUACCACCGUCUGCCCGGUCACUUCUACCUCGGUUCCCGUCGGAAGCGCCACCACGCCUGUCGGCAAGCCCAGCUCUCCUGCUGCUCCUCCCUCUUAUCCUACCUCCGUAGUGGUCCCUCCCCCGGCCUCGCACCCCGGUUCCUCCCCGGUUGCCUCGCACCCUCCGUCGUCUCCCGUCGCUCCCCCGGCUUCGUACCCAGUGUACCCCACUGGCUACCCUACCGGUGGUUCCAGCACUCUCUCGACCUCCGUCGUUCCUCCUUACCCCACCGUCGUCCCCAGCGGCCCCGCUUCCAGCCCUAGCACUCCCGCUGGCACUGGCAGCCCCGUUCCCCCGGCUGUGACGACCCCCACCACGCCUUCCGGCUACCCUACCAUCCCCACCGCCGCUGCUGGCCGUCUUGAGCGCGGUUUCGCCGGUGUGGCUGCCGCCGUUGUCGUCGCUGCCCUCCUAUAAGGGACAUGACGAAUAGGCGUUGGUGUUGACGAAUCCCUUCUUGUUCUUCAUGUAACAUGGUGAAUGAAAGGAAGGGAAGGAGAGAAAUUAACGGUGUUCGAUUCGGAGGAUAGGAAAGCUUGGGGUUUAUUGCAUACAUACGGAGGGGGCGGCUUGAGGAUAUCAGGUCUGGUUAGACUGGUUUAUAUAAAAAAGGGUUACGAAUUUUCUUUAGUAGCGAUCUUUUAAUUAAUUGUUUAUGACGUAGAGUAUUUUAGCUUUCUCACUUCGAAGAAUAUAAAUUCGACUUUUCACGACCCGCCA